CAAUGGGAGUUUGAGUAUACAUUUGGCGAAGCCUUUUCACAACUAAUUCGUUUGGUCCCAUGCGAGAGGGGUACCAACUUGGGAAAAAAAAGAAAAUAUAGUGACGAGGUUAACUCAUUUUUUGCUCCUUUAUUGUUGCGUUUUUGCUGUCAUUUUGCUGCCCAUUUCGCAGCCUUUUUACCGCAUCUUUACCGCCUCUUUACCGCCUUUUUUCCGUUUUGCUUUGCAAGCAACUUUUAACCUUACGUUGUUUUUGAUUGGCCCGCCUGUGGCUGCACCGCGCUUCCCCCCGCUUCUUUCCAGGGAAUUGGUGUGACACUCGGCGGGGCUCACGAUCGAGGUUUACCUGUAAGUGGGACAUAGUCAGGCGGGGAGGGAGAAAAGAAAUCCGCGAGAGGGCUCUUACGCAGGUGCGGUGUGCAUAUGUGGAUAGGCACGUGAGCACAUCUGCACGUACGUAGGGACGCACUCCCGUACACCUCUGCGUAGCCACAGAGAAAAAGAGCUCCUCCCGCUUGGUGUAGCGCUUCCCCCCCGCCCGUCGCAACCAUGUCCACAUGGAUAAACAAAAAGCUCAUUUCUAUAUCGGAGAAGGUCAUCGAAAAUGUAAUAGACUCCUUCGCAAAUAAGAAUACACCCAUUGAUAACAUACAGAAUAUGCAGGGGACCCAACUGGGGAAAAUAAUAAGCAAGGUAAUUUCCUCCAAGUACUUCUUCAAAAAUGACGACAUUUGCUACAACUCGAGGAAUUUGGACUUCAACUGGAAUAGGAAGAGCAUCGCGAAGAGGAGGAAGAAGAGAGGAAGCAGAGACGGGGUAAGGCGGGCCAAGCAAAGGACAUCGGAGGGGGGGAGAAGCAACGGAGGAAGCAACAGGGGAAACAACCGCCGAAGACUUCACCCACGUAGUGCCCAGGAAGAGAAAGAAGCCGACUGCCAACAGGACUCAUAUAGCAACAUUUACAUAAACUCGAAAAGCCCCAACUAUUUGAACAUCGAUGAGUCGUACAUAGGGACCUGCCCCCCCCUGAGUGCCAACAAGGCAGGUGAAGGGGAAGACCAUGAGAAGGAGAGCUGGUUGAAAAAGGAGAUAACCACAUGCAACUCCAGUGUGCAAAGUGUCCUUAGCGAAGCUCCAGAGGGUGUCACUUCGGUAAAUUCGAAUGCCGCAUCGAGUUACGGUUCAUGUGAGGAAUACACAACAGGCGGUUCGAGAGGUUCCUCAAAGAGGACUUCCACUUCACAUGGUACGUCGGGUAGCCAUUCUGGGGGUACAUCUGCUGGUAGUUCCCACGAUAGCGAAAAAGAAAACUCAGAGGAAGCAUCUCCAAAUCUGUCUACCAGCGCAUCUGCCUCUAGUGAAGCGAAUGAGUCAUCGUCUGGAAGAUCGUCCAAAAGGAUCACAUCAUCUUCAGGGGUGGCCCAACGGGAUAGCUCGUUCAACUCGAAUCAGUACGCCGAGGCUAGGGAAAACUACAUGCUGCAGAAAGAGGCUCAUCUGUGUAAGGUAAAUCUCUUUAUUAAAGAAGCCAAGUUACUAUUUUUUAACAAAAAUGUGAGCAUCAGUGAUAUAUCAAUAUUUGUGACUACCAUUAUGGAGGAUAAGAAGUACGUUGGGAAAUUGAGAAAGCUAAGUUCGAGGACUCUCCCGAUGAAUAAUUUAAUAAUCAACGAAUGUAUUAAACAUAAUGUGAAGGACAUAUACACAGAUAUUGUGAUCAAUAUAAAGUAUCGAAAUAGGAAAAAAAAUAACGAAGAUAUCAUCCUGGGGAGGGUAAUCAUCCCCUUCUUUCUCCUUCUAAAUACCUACAAAUAUAAAAUUAAAAAAAUCAGGAAUAGGAUAAAGUUUUGCACCAAGUGCUUCCUAUGGCUACACAUCUUUCCAUGUAACAACAAAUUAUUUAAUUACAAAUUUUUUAAACCAGUGGAAGGAUUCGAAGAAUAUGGAAUGCUCAACCCUCUGUACACAUUAGGGUUUUUACAUAUAAAGAUGAAAAUAAUUUUUAAAAAAAAUCCCCUUUUUUUGACUCUCUAUAGUAAUAUGAGGAAGCCGUUAUUUUACUAUAAAUUGCCUGUACAAUUUGAACCUCUCUACUGUCAGUACUAUAGUGAGAAUUUCUUCGUGUACGUCACUCAGUUGCCUAUAUGGCUAUAUAAAUUUUUUUACCUGUUCAAUCCCAGGAGGGUUGAAAUGAUUCCUCUAAAUUGUUACGAUUAUGUAUUUAUUUUAUCCUUUUGGUUGUUUUUUUUUCGGUUAAUUGUUAUUUCUCCUUUUUUUCUCAUUUUUGUUCAUUUUUUUUUUUGUCUGAUUUUUAUUUCCCUUUCUUAUAAGUUCGGCCAUGUUGACUCCGGCCCCUGCAGCAUGGCGUACAAUUUUCGCCCCGUUCAGGUGAAGAAGAGGCCGCCCCACUGGAGCCCCGCUCAGGGGAAGGGCCCCCAGCCGCACCAACUCCUCCCCCCAGAGAACAGGCGCAAUGUGCGCUUUUUUGACAGCAAGCGGAGGGAGGUGCCCCUCUCGGCGAAUGACCUAGACUCGAAUUAUUGCGGCGGGGGGGGAGGCAUCAGCGAAGCGCAGCGGGUGGACGCCGGCACGAAACAUGGGGAAGGUGGCUGGCCCCGGCAGGGGGGGCGACUCCUCCAAACUAACCCUCUCACGGAUACACCCCAGGGCGGAUCAAACAGUUGCGGCCUUCCCCAACUGGUAGUGACGAAUGAGGAGCUGAAAAGGAUCCCAAGUGAGCACGCACAUGCAGGGGAGCAGACCAAGAGGGGUACCUCCCAGAAGGACGACGAAUGCAAUGGGGAAGCAGCCAAGGGAAUGAACAGCCAGAACGAAAUCAGCAGUAAUGGGAGCUUCUACGGAGGGAGCUUUAACAGCCCUGAAAGUCCCCCCAAGGAUGGAGGACAUCAUGUAGCCCAUUUCCAAAUUGAAGAAAAUUGUUUUGUAAAGCAACCCAACUUGGAUCACGAAGAAGAGGAGUCGAAUGGAAAGAUGAAGGAGGGGGAAAAUGAACACCCAGAGCAACAGAAAAAAAAAGGCCUAAUCGAAUUUAUGCAAAAUACACCUGAUGAGCUGAACAAUAAAUUAACCAACGUAACCAAAUUUGCAAAGAAAAUCCAGAAUAUGAUGUUUGACAGUAGGGAUAAGAACCCGCUGGACUUUUUCAACGUGGGUUCACAUGCAAAUGGGCUAGCUGGGCUGUUUAACGGGAUGAAUGAGAAGCGGAGGAAAGCAGAGGGGGAGAGUCCCAGGGGGGAAGACCAAACUGAUAAAGUGGGGGAUACGCACCAUUGGUGGGAGACGCCAACAAAGGGAAGACAAGGGAGGACCCUCCAAGUGGACGACCCAAUCGGGGGGAGCAAUCAACCAAGCGAUAGCGAACAUAAGCAGAUAAGUACAUCCAAACGUGGAAAGGAACGUGUCCGAAAGAUUCAUCGAGAAAAGCAAAACGGGGGGGAAGUGCACACCCAAGGAGAGGUACACACAGAUAACUCAGGGGUAGAUUCUUCAUCGUGCCAAAAUGGGACGGAUGAAUAUUUAGCGCAAUGCAAUACGGAGGUAAAUGCUAACGGAGCUGCUAACUCGAAUGCAUUGGAACCCCCCAAAGUGGUAAGCCGUAGUUACAUGCCCAGGAGCAACGAUGCCACCCCUUCGUUUGAUCAUCUGGGGGUGGUGGAGGAGAGCCCCUGUUCAAACUCAAACACGUCGAUAGAAUCAAAAUUUUUAAAAAAAAAUUUCCUGUUUGACGCGAUAAAGAAUAAUUUGGCACCACCAAAUGAGGAGAAAGCCGCCGAGUUUGCUACGAAAAAUGAGACCAGCGGGACAAACGAGAAGAAAGACAUGUUCGCGUUUAAAAAGAAGUAUGCGUUUAUGCCAAUUGUGAAAUCCCCCUUCCAUAAUUUUUAUUUAUUUUUUAAUUCAAUUGACGGUAGGAAGACGUCCAUCUUUUCGAACAACGUGGAUGUGCCAAAUGUCCAUUUGCUUCUCAAGCGGUUCAUAAUGCUUAUAACUUUGACGCAAAAUUUUACGGGAGUUUUUACAAUGGUGUAUGAAAAAGUUAAUUACGCUUUCAAUUGGGACUUCACCUGUUAUACGUUCGUAAAUUUGGUCAUUUUGUUUUUUUUAACUUACGGGUUUUCUUUCAUUUUAUAUGCUAUGUCGUUUGUCCCCCUUUUGUUUUAUCGCCUCCUUAUGUUUUUGCUCAUCUCUGUGUUGAUGAUAAGGAGCUACGAGUUGACGGAGGUCGGCCACAGGGCUAGCCUCUACUACGAGAGGGUGCGCAAGAAGAAGGCCCCCUGGUGGAGAUCCGCUUGGAGAUUGCUCAGCAGGAUGGGAACUCGAGUGGUCAAGGCGAAGAGGAAGAGGGACGCACAAGAUGAAGCGGAGCAUGAACAGGAAGUGCCAUCAAGGGGAUACGGCUACGUCGCCAUCCCCCAUUUGGUGAGACGCUUCUUCAAAUGGGUGCACCGAGCAACCCGCCGAUGGGUACGUCGAUUUGUGAGAAACACCAUUUGGAAAUCCCUCCAGAGCGCUUUCAAACAGGUGGACAAGCUAUCACGCAGAGGGGUGGUCUACAUUCACUUUUUAAUUUUUUUUUUAAAAAACUGGGUGACAAGAUUGUUAAUACUUAAGGAUGUGGAGCACAUGAAGAUAGCCAAGAUGCAGGGAUUUAAAAAUUUAUUUUUUUUUAUUCACAAUCGGAUGAUGCGGAGAGACGCAGGGAUGAAACUGUUUCCGAGAAGCAACGAAACGUGUCCAAGCAGUGGCCACAACAGGGGUGGUGACCCCGUCGGGGGACCUCCUAAACGGGUGGACAGCAUGAAAGAUGCCUCCAAUGAGGAUAGACAGAACAAAAAUUUCAUCCACACACAUAUGUAUGAUAACUACAAAAAUGCCGAGUCGUUUAUUUACUCCUCCAGUGAUAAGGAUGCUCUGAGUGUGAGAAAUGGGGGCCACGACGCCGAGCACUUUGCCCAUGACGGGGAGGACGAUGAGGACGACCGGGAGUCCCUCAGCCAGCUGACCGACAACGGCACGAUGAACGUAAACGUGGACAUUUUCCUGCACUACUAUUUCAAGCGCAGGAAAUACGACCUCUUCAACAACAUCAUCAACAUCAACCGGAACCAUCUCUACUCCUACAAGGACAUAAACCUGCUGCACUCAAACGACGACCAGAAGAUCGGCCACCUCACGUACGCAGAAUACCUCAACAGUGAGCAUAACUACUCCAGUUCGUACGACAAUAACAAGAAGAAGAGGAGUUGA